AUGAAGAUCUUCUCAUUACCGCCCAUUCCUUUGGCCCUAUUAUUCACGACCCUCAAAGUCCUCGCACAAAAGAACAAUGGCGAAGAAUGUUCAUGUUUUCGAACCGAUAGUGCCUCUUCUGGAUAUUUCACAUAUCACAGAUUUCACGAUUUUCGAACCGUGGCCGCAGCUGCGCAGACGGUUCCGGAUUUGAUUGCAAAUGAGAGUGAUACAUCUAAUGCACUUGCAACAUCCGAUUUCUUUACGGGACAAGCAUGGAAUAAUGAUUGGUCGACACAGAGUUGGAAUAAUAGUGAUACUAUGGUGGAAAGUGGAAGUAGUGUGUUGAUGAUUAAUUCGCCGAAUAAUGUAUAUAUUGAAACCUCAACCGACAAUGACGCAUCCUAUGACACAUACCUCACCCUUCGGACAGCGCGCCUGCCAAAUUUCCAGUCCGUUGCGGAAUUUGACUCGAACGAAAAGAAUUUCAAAUAUCUGUCCGCACGAUUCUUGGCCCGGGUUGUUGGCUCAGAUGGAGCAUGUGCGGGAAUGUUCACCUAUCUAGACUCCAACCCCAUCCAAGAAGCCGACAUUGAAAUCCUCACCUCGGGCCCUCGGAAUGUAGUCCAAUACACGAAUCAACCUUCCCUCAACAAAGCAGGCGAUGCAGAUCCCCGAGCUACAUCUAAUGCCAGUACUGCGGACAGAACUAUGGAUUGGAGUGUCUGGAAUACAUAUCGAAUGGAUUGGAUGCCCAAACAGACAUCCUGGUAUGUAAACGGCGAAAGUGUUGCAAGCAUUUCAUACCAAGUCCCGAAGAGCCCUAGCGGAUUGAUAUUAAAUAUGUGGAGCGACGGAGGAGAAUGGACGGGAAAUAUGAGUCUUUAUGAUGAGGCGUUCUUACAGGUUCAAUGGAUUGAAUUGGUGUAUAAUACUAGUGGCGACUAUGCUGGGAGUAAGAGGGAGCUGGAAAAUAGGAAGUCUAAGGGGUGUAAGGUUGUUUGUGGAGUGGAUGAGGGUGUUAAUAUUACGGGGACUCCGGCCGUAUUGAUAAAUAAUACGAAUGCGGGGACGAUGGGUUGGAAGGAGGGAACGGGGAGUAUGGGCUGGGUACCAGUGGUGGUGGUUGGAUUGGCUGUUUUUGGAUGGUUGUGA